AUGGAGAUAGCAAGACAAAGAAGAGAAGUAGAGCAACAUGCUCACUUGCAAAGGUUGGGGUUUGAUAUGGAGAAUCUGCCUCAAGAUGGUGAAGCCCAAGGAGGCAAUGGUCCAAGAGCUGAUCCUUUUAGACCACAGCGCCAGCCACAACAUCCACAGCGCCAAGCUCCUGUGGAGAACAACAACUUCGAGAUCAAGUCAGGGCUGCUCAACACUAUAGAGAACAACAAGUAUCAUGGUCUUGCUGCUGAAGACCCUUUUGAUCACUUGUACAAGUUUGACAAGUAUUGUGGCUUGUCAAAGACAAAUGGUGUUUCUGAAGAUGCUUUCAAGUUGAAGCUGUUCCCUUUCUCUUUGGGGGAUAAGGCACAUCAUUGGGAGAAGACUCUUCCAAGUGACACUGUCACUACUUGGAAAGAGUGCAAGAGAGCUUUUCUAGACAAGUUCUUCUCUACCUCAAGGACAGCUAAGAUCAGGAACGAAAUCUCCGGGUUUCAACAGAAAGGAACAGAAAGCAAGGAGAGCUUGCUUAGCACCUUCUAUAGGGGAGCUCUACCACAAUGCAGGAACAGGCUUGAUACUGCCAGCAAUGGUUUCUUCUUGGGGAGAACCGAGGAAGAGGCAGAGGAACUGGUAGAGAACAUGGCUAAGAGUGACUCAGUCUACAGCGAGGAGCAUGAUAGAGUCAACAAAAGUGAUGAUCAGCAGACAAAGAAAGAGAUCAAGUCCUUGCAAGAGAAGAUGGACUUGCUUCUUUCCAACCAAGCUAAGCAAGAGCAGAUGAACUUUGUGGGUGGUCCUAUUCAAGAGGUUUCCCCCAAGAUCAAUGAGGAGCCUAACUUUCAGUACAACAAGUACCAGCAAAGGUCCUACUCUAACAACCAGAAAGGAGGAUACCAGCAGAAGCAAAACACCCAGCAAGGGAGCUAUCAGCCUAGGCAAAACACCCCUCCUGGUUUCAACAAUAACAACAAUCAGUCUACUCAAGCUCAAGGAAGUUCUUCACAAGCUCCAGCUUCAGCCAAGAAUGAGAAGACAAUGGGUUAUGAGUUCAAGAAUAUUCACUCCAAGAUUGAUGGAAGUUACAAUGAGCUCAACAACAAGAUCCGACAUUUGGAGAAUCAGUUUGCUUCAAUGAACUCUCAGCCUAAUUGCCAACAUGGAUCAUUACCUGGAAAGCCAGAGCAAAACCCCAAGGAAGCAAUGAAGGCAAUCACCCUAAGGAGUGGUAGAGAGUUGCCUCCAAGAGUUCUCACCAAGGAUGGUGAAAAACAAGGUGGGGAGGUGGCUAUCAACAUUGAUGAUGAAGUAGUGAUUGUAGAUGAGAAGGUUGAUGAAGAGAUUCUAGAAAAGAUUGUGGAAGCUAAGGGUAAAGGAAAAGUUGGAGAAGGGAAGAGGACAGUGAAACAUGGUGAAACUGCUACUCCAACAAAGGAAUCCUCUUUCGUUCCUCCUCCCUAUGAGCCACAGCUACCAUUCCCUGGAAGAUUCAAGAGACAGCUAUUGGAGAAGUACAAGGCCCUCUUUGAGAAACAAAUGAGUGAAGUUCAGGUCACAAUGCCCAUCAUUGAUGCUUUUAUGUUGGUCCCUCAAUACAACAAGUUCUUGAAAGAUGUUGUGGCUGCAAAAAAGAAAGAGAUCGAUGGCAUGAUGAUCCUUUCUCACGAGUGCAGCGCUAUUAUCCAAAGAUUAGAUGUUCCAAGGAAGCUAGAGGAUCCAGGGUGUUUCACCUUACCUUGUGCUCUAGGACCUAUGGUGUUUGAGCGGUGUCUAAGUGAUCUUGGGGCUACUGUCAACUUGAUGCCUUUGUCUAUUGCAAAGAAGCUUGGAUUCAAUCAAUACAAGAAGUAUAGACUCUCUUUGGUGUUGACUGAUAGAUCAGUGAAGAUCACUGUCGGUAUCCUAGAAGACCUUCCCGUGAUGGUUGGUAACUUUGAGGUCCCUACUGAUUUUGUUGUGUUGGAGAUGGGUGAGGAAGCCAAAGACCCUUUGAUCCUUGGAAGACCAUUCUUAGCUACAGCAGGAGCUGUUGUGAAUAACCAAGUUUUCUACAUUGAUGAAAUGGAUGCUCUAGCUGAUGAGCUUCUAGAGGAGUUGGCACUUGAAGAUUCUCUACAACAUGCCUUAACAAUUGAGAGAGAAGUCCAAGUGAUUGAGAACAAGGAAAGUGAUGCCUAUGUGAAGAUGCUGGAUUCUCACAAGGGGAUUAGUGGUGAAGAACAGAAUGAGGAGCUUUAA